UGCAUUACCACCUUACAUUCGUUGCACACUGUUACUCGUUUUGUCUCAAUGGCUCUUCCUCCUCAUUCUCUUCUGCUUGUUUUUGCAUCUUUUUUUCUCAUGCAAUCGCUGGCCUAUGCUGCUACAUGCAGCGAUUGUUUCACUCAUUCUAGAGCAGCUUACUACCCAAAUUCAGAUGAACUAGGAACAGAAACUGGGCAAUGUGGAUACGGUUCGUUUGGAGCUACAAUCAAUGAUGGAGAUGUAUCAGCUGCAUCUGAUCUCUAUAGAGAUGGUGUGGGCUGCGGUGCUUGUUACCAGGUGAGAUGUACCAACGGUAACUAUUGCUCAGACAAAGGAGUGACUGUAGUGAUCACUGAUCAUGGCUCGGGUGAUCGUACUGACUUUAUUAUGAGCAAGCGAGCCUUUGGUCGAAUGGCUCAGACUACAGAUGCAGCUGCAUCUCUAUUGGCUCUUGGUGUGGUCGAUAUCGAAUACAGAAGGGUAUCAUGCAGCUACCCCAGCAAAAAUAUAACAAUCAAGAUUGAUGAGAACAGCAAUUUUCCUUAUUACAUGGCUUUUGUCAUAUGGUACCAACAAGGCAUGAAGGACAUAACUGCUGUCCAACUAUGUGAGACCCAGAAUUUCGUGUGCAAGCUACUGGAUAGGAGUUAUGGUUCAGUAUGGACGACUAAUUCACCCCCAAGUGGGACCCUUUCUCUAAGGAUGCUAUUUAGUGGCGAUGAUGGAGAUGAGACAUGGGUUGUUCCUAUUAACAACAUACCUGAAAACUGGAAAGCUGCAGACAUAUAUGACACAGGAGUACAAGUGAACUAAUGGCCAAAUAUACUAGAUUUAAUUCUUCAUUUAUGCAGAGAUACCAUUUAAAUAAGCCACCAUGAUUCUUCCUAUAUGUUUGUACUUUUAAUAUGUUUUUUUUUUUUUUUGGCUUUAUUUUCCUCCUUAAAGAUGAGGAUAGACUUUGGUGGUAGGUAUUCUUGAUUGUAAUCAUUGUGAUAUUGACUAUUAAAAUUCAAAGAUUCCUAAUAAUAUUUGAAUUUCUUUAA